AUGGACAUUACGGGGCUCACUUUAAACGAGCAUUUCCUCCUCGUGCGCGCUGAUGGUGACGUGCAUUCUAUUGAUGGCCAAAUGUUUUUCCAUCAUGUUUCAAAAUCUAAACCAUCACUACUGGAUAUUGCAGCCAUACAUGACCUAAUUGAAAUUGUGGGACGUAAGGACAUUCAGAUGAUAUUAAACGAUAAGAAAACUGUGAAGAAGAAGAUUUGGGAAAAAAUUGGUGUAGAACUAAAAGAAAAGUAUAAUUUUGGAACAAGAGAUGAAGGAUCUGUUUGCUCGCAGAAGUGGCGCAACCUUGAAAGUGCUGUGAUGCACUUUUUACAGAAUGCUGGUGCUGGCAGUUUUGGUAACGGAAAAGGAAAGAAACCAGCAUUUUAUGAUGAGGUAUCACCUACACUCAUUACCUCUAAAGAGCAACCAGCGACGAUUCCGAAUGCUCCAAAUUCUUCAAAACAAACGAACAUAAGGAUUUGUAAUACUGAGUCUGAAAAUGCAUCAUCAAAUGAAAACGAUGGAAGCCCAUUCAUUCAUGUAAAGUCAUCCACGAAGUCAAAGAAACCUAGGAUUGAUAACACCUGCAUCCUGGAUUUUCUGAAAAAUGAGGCUGAGGAACGCCGUAAGCAAAAUGAAAGUUUAAUGAAACUAAUGCAAGAUUCAAAUGAUACUAAGAAAGCUUUUCUCAAUAUCAUUACCAAUAUGUUGAGCCACAACACAAGCUCAAAUAAAACUACUAAUUAAAAAACAUUGUAAUUUACAAAUAGGUAGCUAACAUUGAUUAACACAAGCAU